CUAAUGAUUUUUUCUAAAUCCCUUAAAACCAAGCUUGGGACUCCUGUGGAAUCAGUCGCCUAUGUUCUUUGUCCGAUCCCUGUAUACAAUAUAAUAUCAAACAAAUUAUUUCGCUAUUUCAAGCCAAAAGAAGCCUUAUCUGCUGUGUGAAGUACAUUAACAAAGAAUAAUGCAGAAGAAAGGAAGCGAACCAGAUUUUGAAGAGCCUUGGCACAUGAGUGAUGCAGUGCUGAAUGUGGAAGACAAAAGAUUUCAUGUGCAUAAAGCCACUCUAUCGAUGUGGUCACCAGUAUUUGAAAAGAUGUUCACGGCAGGGUAUCCUGAAAAGAAUAAUGAUGAAGUAUCACUUCCUGGUAAGAAAGCUUCUGAAAUAAAAGAAAUGCUCUUAGUCAUUUAUCCCACUUCCAAGGCUGUCACAGAAGAAAACUGUUACUAUCUUUUAUCACUGGCAAAAGAAUAUCACAUGGAGCAGUUGACUGAACGCUGCGAGCAAUAUUUGUCGCAAAGAGAGAAGACACCUUUCCAAGCUAUUGACUUCCUUGUCAUUGCACAUUCGUAUAAAAUGUCAGAGCUAGAGCGACAGUGUGUGGAAAUAGCAAAGCACAUGUCGCUUAGUGAACUGAGGAAACAUGAAAAAUAUUCAAAGAUUGAGCCUGAAGUGGGUAGACAUUUGGUAGAAAGAAGAACUGAAAUGCUGGAAAUGAAAGUGAAUGGUUUAGAACAGAAGGGGAAUUCAAUGAGGAAAGAGAUCAAAGAUGCUUGUGAAAGUGCCAUCAAAGAUCUUGCUAAAAGCAUCUAUAACAAGAAGUACCCAGACAGGGCACGGCACAGUAUUCUACCCAGUGGCAGUAACUACUUGAAGGUUGUGGAAGAAGCUGCUCGUGAAAGUGGAGAAAUUAAUGUCAUCUUAAAUCUACACCAGAGGUUGAGGAAGGUUUAUGAACUGCAACACAUAUGAAUGCAUGGAAGCAUGGAUUUUCACAAAACAUGUUAUUUCUGAAGGAAAGUCAGGAAUGGAAAUCAGGAUUAAUUAGCAAUUACACUGUAGUUCUCGAGCCUGAAUGAGCUAUUGGCCCAUAUUAGUCAAAUCCAACCAGUCAGUCAAAUAUAUAGAUGAAAACGAGUUUUGAUUUAAGGUGACUGCCUACUUUUGAACAUUCAAUUUGAGCCCACAAUGUGCACGUGCUCAAAAAAACUGCUGAAAAAUCUACAAGAUUUUAUUGAAGAACCAUACAUGUUUUGAGCUUCAACAGGGCAAAACCCUCAAAUUUUGCACGGGACUCUCUAUUUUUUAUUAGCGAAAAGACUCCUUAAAAAUCUAGGUUAUAUCAACAUUUUAGAAAAAGUUCAUAUCAGAUUUUUGUAGGUAUUUUUGUUCGACAUUAUGAGAUUUUUUAAGAGCACCGAAACUACAAAAUAUGAGAAAUUAAUGUAUCUCCUUGUCUUUUCGUCGAAAAUAUCCAUGUAUUAUUGUAGAAUGAUUGACUAGCCUUCAUUCAUGCAAUCAUAUAGUCUGCAAAUAACUAUUAUCUUAUGGAUCUUAAUUUUUUUCUAAUCACUUCCGGUGGCACAAGCUUUGCUCCACAUGCUCACGCGUAGGCUCCCAUUAAAUGCUGAUUAUCUUGAAAACAAGCUCAGGACACCCAGUUUUUCUUUCCAGAUUUGGAAUCAGCAUUAAAUUUCAAUUCCAAAAAAUUGAAGUUUUAAAAAAAAGUUUAGAUCAAUUUCCAAAAGUAGGCAGUCACCUUAAAGUUAAUUUAAUGUAUUGGUUUUCAAAGCCAGCAGUUUUUGCUUCUAGAAGGAUACAACUUAUAGCUUAGUAGUGGCUCAUCCAAUCAGAACACAGUUUUUAUGAUAGACCACAAAUUGGAUUUGACUAAAAACGAUUAUUUUAAUGUUUCUAGUUCAUGUGCAUGCUUUGAGUCACAGAAAAAUGAAGUAAUCAGUUAUUUUUAUUGCCUACCUUCCUUUGAAAAUGUAGUUUUAAAAAUUUUCAAUUAACAAAUUAUCAUAAUGAAAAGAUGAUCGGUGAUUUUAAAUAGAUGUUCAUUCUGUACUUAUAAAAGGAAAUAUUUAUACUUUGACUACUCAUCGAUGUAAAAUACCUGCUAUGGGUGGGAGGGUAGGGGAAGAGAAGUGUCAGAUCAACACAGCAAUGUGUAUAAUUAAAAUAUGAAUAAUGUAAUAUGUACUAAGCCUAGGUUUUUAAUUGUUUUGUUCCAUAAAUUAUCCAUACCCACCCCACAGAGGAAUUUGGAAUUUUUGAAAAGUAGGGGGGUCAGAGAAAGAACAAAAAUUACAGUGAGUUUGUAUGGAAGAAAAUUAGA